AAGAUCUUGAGUGUAUACCACUACUCAGUGUUUUAUCGAUUAGAGCGAAGAAGAGAAACGGUUACCCUAACGCUUCAGAUAAAAUGAUAGAGACAAGAGAUAUUUGCUCGGGCAUUUAUGGUCGUAGGAUUCAUUAAAAAGCACGCGUUUCCCGCGUAUGGUCCCUCUAUGCGCGGAUCGAUCUCGAUCCGAGUGAACGAGCGAACCUGAAAGGUCCCACGGAUCUAGACGAUUGUGCUUUCUAGAUACAAGUGGCGAUCCUGGGAAGCUCCGCUCGUUGUGAUUCUCUCUCCUCUUCAGCGUUCCAUGUUCGAGGAAACGAGUAAAAAUAUAUCGGGCAAUUACGCAACCCGUUGUUGUCGGGUGGCUAGCUCCUCUUGAUCGUCCAAGUCGAUCGCCCGGUCGGACGAGAAACGUUUGUUACCCUCUCCAGCCGUUGAUGUGCUCCCUCGAUCUAUAUACGAGUGGCGGCGUAUCCCGAAGCUGCCAAGGAGGCGUACGGAUUUACACACAGUCGAGGAUCAGACUUCGUACAGCUCGGCCGAUCCGAGCGGAUCCAGGGAGCUUCAGCAACAUGGUACCCUACGACGCGCGCCUUCUUCUGCUGCCAGGCAUUCUGUUUGGAUUAUUCAUCCCGCGCGGCGACGCAGCGCCAGCCAAAUACGAUCAACAACAAACCGGCAACUACAACGUGGACGCGAAGUUCGAGAACUUCCUGUUCGUCUUUCUGGAUUCCGAUAAAAGUGGCCAGUUGUCCAAGUUGGCGCAAGAGGCGCUGCAGGUGCUGCAGCUAAACAGCCAAACCUCGUCGCGCGACGCCUCGAAACGAACACCAUCGGAGAAACCGUCCGAACCAACGGUCUACGAGACGGAGGACAAAGACGAGGGCAGAGAGCCGUACCACGUCGAGAUCGUGCGCAUAGAGAAAGAAGGGGGACCAUCAACGAGGAGCGAACACCCCGAGAAGUCGGGGAGUCCCGAGGCAAACGGUGGGGAGAAGAUCGAACCGGGUACGUCUCCGACGAGCUUGGAAGGGGGCCUGGAAGUGUUUAUCGAGAACAAGAAAAAAGGUAAAAAGACGAGAAGUCUGUGGAGAAACGAAGAGAGCCAUGGACUGGUCGAUGGUCCGAAAGAGGAGAGCAAGAGGCCGGGUCACAUCAAGUAUUCGAUGAUGGACAAUCUCGCCCAAUCCGAUGAUUUAACGGCGAGGGAAGAGAUCUCCAAAGCCACCAGGCCGGGGAUAUCUUUGAAGAAGCAACUGUCCCGAAAGGAGGAGAAGGACGUGUCCUCGGUGUCCGAGGAACGAAACGAACUGACCAACAAGUCCCAGGAACUGGUGUUGCUUGGCGGUGGAAUCGAAAACUGCGGACCAGGAAGAUUCCGGGACAAGACGGGCAUCUGCCAGAACGACAAAAAUUUUUAUUGAAAUUCUUUUAGUUUACUGUACGAUUCUUGUAUCGAUCAAUAUUGAAUGUUUUAACGGAUAUUUGUUAUUCUACUUAUCGUUAGCGAUUAAAGGAUAUAUGUAUAACAAUUGUGAUAUGCAUAACACCGUGGUUGCAAGCUAAACAAUGGUGCUCUUAGAUGUAAUAGACCUAUACAACGUUAUAAACGCCUACAUUCUAACAUCUCAACUGAAUUCAUGUAUAUUUUAAGGCUCAUCCCAUUUUCUUUUUAUACUUUAUUUAUACCAUAUUUUACUCGCACAUUUGUAUUAUAUA